AUGAGCCACAUCUACGGCAGCCACCUCUCCCCCCUGGGCACCCCCUCCAUGGUGUACCUCCCGGCCGCCCUCAGCUUCGCCCCCGGCGGUGCCAUCUCCCGGCAGGACCCCCCGCAGAAGCCCCCCUACAGCUACAUCGCCCUCAUCGCCAUGGCCAUCAAAGAGGCGCCGGAGCAGAAGGUGACCCUCAGCGGCAUCUACCAGUUCAUCAUGGACCGCUUCCCCUUCUACCACGACAACAAGCAGGGCUGGCAGAACAGCAUCCGCCACAACCUCUCCCUCAACGACUGCUUCGUCAAGGUGCCGCGGGAGAAGGGGCGGCCCGGCAAGGGCAGCUACUGGACCCUGGACCCCCGCUGCCUCGACAUGUUCGAGAACGGUAACUACCGCCGGAGGAAGAGGAAGCCCAAAGCCCCGGGGCCGCCGGGGGCCAGGGCCGGCGCGGCCCCCCCCGACGGCGGGCAGCCGGGGCCGGCCGCUCGCCCCGACGAGCCCAAGAGGGCCAAGGCGAGCGCGGCGGCGGACUCGGGCGACGAGGGGGUGCCCCGGCCGGGCGGGGGGGAAGCGGCCCCCCCCGGCGGUCCGCCCCGCUGCGGCGCCGCCGCCCCGGCCCCCCCCGCCGCCGCCGCCGCCGCCGCCGCCCCGCCGCACAAGAGCGGCCCGCGGGGCCGCAGCUUCAGCAUCGAGAGCAUCCUCGCCCAGGGGCUGCGGCAGCCGCCCCCCGGGGCAGCCCCCAAGGCGGGCCGGGAGGGCCCGGGCGGUGGCCUCGGCGGCUCCCUGGUCGCCAGCGGCGGCUUCGGCCCGGCCCUCAACGCCUCCCUCACGCUCGACUCCCAGGUGCACGGGAGGCUUUACCACAUCGGCAUCCCCCUCCUCUCCUGCUUCCCUCUCCACUUCUCCGAGGCGGUAUUUAAUUUCCAGUAG